GACGGCAAAAACGUCAGAUGCAAGAGGAACGUCCCCAUCUGAAAUGUGUUGAGUUCAGCGUAAGAACUAAGUCCCCAAGUUAUGAGGCGGGAAUGUCGAUUGUAGAGGUCAAUUUAGAAACGGGCGUGAGCGUUGUGGAAUCAGAUCUGAAGAGUUUACAGAGCAAUAACACCGUGUUUUCCUUAUAUGAAAUGCCAACAGACGGGAAAGGAUUCAUCAUAUUUUACCUUUCAAAGAUAACGUCCCGUCCGAUAAAAUUCAUCUUUCGGCUUAAGGAUGAUUUUUCGGGAAAUGAAACUACACGUCAGGGGGCUUCAGUUCGAGUCUACGACUAUUACAAUCCAGAGAAGUCCUGUAUGAAACAGUAUAGUAUCAAUCCUAACAAAGCGAAUACAGUUGCCAUGGCAUGUGAAGGUGGUGAACAGUGCAAAUGUGUUCAAAGUCAGUGUUCUCAGCCAGUUGAUGACGAACUGUUCCGAAUGGCAUCAGCCGUAGCCAAGGAACAAAAUGCCGCAAAGAAGCGCACUCUUCCAAAACCCGUUGAAAAGCUGAUGGAAUAUGCGUGUAACUUCGAAAAGGCCAACUACGUGGUCUACGUAACGAUUGUAACUGUUGCCAACGACACCCAAAGAAACGUUAGAUUUGCCAGUUCGACCGUUAAAGAAGUUCUUCUACAAGGUGGAGGUAACAUACGCGUUGGUGACGCAUUUGACUUUGAAUGGCAAACAGAUUGUGCACAUCCAGCUUUUGAAGUUGGCCAACCCUACUACGUUAUCGGAAAGGAUAUCUCAAGGUUAAUAAAUGGCGAUGCCCAAAGUGAAAGGUACGAUCUGAUGGGCACGACUCUUGUCAUCAACCCCAGGUACAAAGAACUCCUGGGUAGGGUCAUGAACAACUUUGCAGCAGAACUUAAAAAGAACAACGGGUGCACAAACUGAUCAACAUUGCUCUCUUUCUUUGUACAUAAAAUGUGGUAAGUCAGAACAUAGAGUAGUGGGUAGUUUUGACAUGAAUGUAUUAAUUCAACAUAGCUUCCCAAAAUUUUUAGCAGGACUCAGUGUCUUUCUAAAGCUGUUUUUUGUUACAACAGUUUUUUUACAACGAAUUAAUCUGAUAUAGUCAUGCUUACAGAACCUUUAGCAUAUUUACAACCGUUCUAUAUAUUGUUCUGAAUUCUUAUUUCAUUUCCAUGUAGUUUAAGUAUUCAAAACACAUUUCCCUAAUAGUUGCCUCCACAAAACUAUAUGGUCGACUGCCUUUCUGUCAGACUCGUACAGACAGAAACAUCCUAGACGCCCUGGAUACCCUCGUCCUUUGAUCGGGAGGUCCCGUGUACGAUUUGACACUUAAUUUAUUUACUGUAUGCGCGUAAUGCCAUAAUGUUUCGGCCCAAGAUUGUUUGUGUUUAUAAUUGCAAAGGGAGAUUCUUUUUAUUGAUUUGUGUUUGUUUCCACGAGAGGUCUUAUUCCCAAACUGAAAACAAAAAACUUAGUAUGCAGCAUCACUUCUGAAAUGACAUGCCCAUAAUGUUAAUUUUAGCCGAUCGGAUGAAAUAAUCUUCAUUUCCGGACAUCAUGAUAACUUACAGGUUAUUCAAUGCAAAUAUAAUUUAAUGUUUAUUAGACAUGUGUAUAUUGCCACGCCAAAUUAGUCUCA